GGAUGUUAGCUAUUCGGAGAGAAAGACGAAAAGAGCGAGCGAGCGAGCGAGCGAGAGAGAGAGGGGGAGAACCUAGGAGACGCCACGGACAAACCAGUAAAGGGAUUGCGGGUCUCAAACCCACGAUAAACACGGAGAGCUGUGGCUCGUUUCGAGGAGAGAGAGGGAGCUGUGAUCGAAAAAGGAGGGAGGGGACGGCUAACUUUGACAGACCUGCACUGGCCUCCAGUAGCGGACACGAGCCCGGGUUUUGUUUUUGAGUGACGCCGACAAAAACCGUGAUCUGAGGGAGCCCCUGCAUUCUCGCCGCACCGGAUCAUCACCCCUCCUUCGCCGCCGCCGUUGCCGCCACUCGACCUGCCACCAUGACGUCGGAGCUGGAGAGCAGCUUGACCUCCAUGGACUGGCUGCCACAGCUGACCAUGCGAGCGGCCAUUCAGAAAUCGGAUGCCCAGAGCACUCACGGGCCGGGCAUGGCUAAGAAGAGUGCUCUGCUGGACCCCAACACCACACUGGACCAGGAAGAGGUGCAGCAGCACAAGGACGGCAAACCACCGUACAGCUACGCCAGCCUCAUCACGUUCGCCAUCAACAGCUCGCCAAAGAAGAAAAUGACACUGAGCGAGAUCUACCAGUGGAUCUGUGACAAUUUCCCCUAUUACAGGGAAGCCGGCAGCGGGUGGAAGAACUCAAUACGGCACAAUCUCUCGUUGAACAAGUGUUUUCUCAAAGUGCCUCGCUCCAAAGAUGACCCGGGAAAGGGUUCGUACUGGGCAAUCGACACAAAUCCAAAGGAGGACACGCUGCCCACACGACCCAAGAAGAGGCCACGGUCUGGAGAGCGGGCGUCCACGCCGUACAGCCUGGAAUCAGAUAACUUGGGAAUGGACUGCAUCAUCUCUGGAAGUGCCUCUCCAACGCUGGCAAUCAACACUGUGACUAACAAGGUGGCAUUGUACAACCCUGACCAGGACGGGAGUGACAGCCCUCGAAGCAGCCUUAACAAUAGCCUAUCUGACCAGAGUCUGGCCUCUGUUAAUCUCAACAGUGUGGGCAGCGUGCACAGCUACACACCGGUGACAAGUCAUCCAGAGCCGGUGUCCCAGUCCAUGAGCUUGCAGCAGGCCCCUCAGGCCCAGUACCUCUGUUUGAUGGGAAUGCCCUCGGAGUCAUCCCAGCAGACCCACACCUCCUGCUCUUACCAACACUCCCCCAGCAGCACCAUCAGCACCCACCCUCACAACAACCAGAACAGCAUCACUAACUCUCACCCCAACAACGGUAGCCAGGUGCCUCUCUCCCACCCCCCUCACUCGGCCCACAACUCGCCCCAUGGACAGCACCUUUCCCAGCAUGGCCCUCACACCCAGCACAGCCAGCACCCGCACACGGCGCACAGCCAGCACAGCCAACAUCCCCAGCACAGCCAGCACGGGCAGCAUCCCUCCCAGCACCAGGCCCACGGCCAACACACGCCGCAGCAGCAGCACCAGAAUCUCUCCCACCAGCCUCAUCCUGGCCAGCAACAGAUGCAGUGCAACACCGGUCUUCCCAGUGACUGGUACCCCAACCUGGAUACGCUAAAAGAAAGCUGCCGCAUUGCCAGCAGCUACAACUGGGCUGAUGUUGAUCUGUCACCUUUCCAAGGUCUGAAAGAGAGCAUGAGGCAGGCGGAGCUGAAUAACUGGUCUCUCGAACCCACUCAGAUAGCAGACCUCUGCUCCUCCAUCAAUCAGUUCUUUGCUCGCACUGGAAUCCAGCCACAAGGGGCAGUGCAGCCUCCAGUGUGCCAUGGCUCCAUGCAUCCAAACAAGCCCAGCCCACACAUCAACACAGGAAACAUGUAUAUGGACUCGAGACAGAGCUUAAGUUCUAUGAUGGGUCCGCCAGGAUAUCCUCAUAUGCCGCCCAUGAGCAGCGCUGGCCCCACUAUGACAGGUCAUCACGCUCAGAUGAACCAGCAGCAUAUGAUGCCUGCUGGAAACUUCCAGAUACGCCGCAUGCCCGCCGACGACAUCCAGGACGACUUCGACUGGGACUCCAUCGUCUAACCCAGUCCCCGAGAGCAAAGAGUGGUGCAGACAAACGAGAGAGGAGCGUAUGGAGGCAGAGUGUUUGUGUUACAGUGCAAGAGGGCUGGACCUGAGGUGUCUGCAUGCCCGUGACAGAAGGCAGAUUGGAACGGGACACUUAAAAAAUAGUGCAGGUGUUGUUCAUUAUGACAUGAAAGAGACUCCUGUGUUCCUGGUGAUUUUAUGAAACAAAAACAAACAAAAAAAACAUAUUACUUUGAAGACAAUCACAUUUACAAGGACAUGUUUAAGUGAUCGCUUUUAUACUUGUCCAAGGGUCAAGUGGUUCAUGUUUAUAUCAAAAGGUUUCCCAACCCACAGCCUCUCUACAAACCCACCAAGCUCGCCCCUGCUCUUCAACUGUUGUUCAGUGAAUUUUCGAGUGAUUACGUCCAGCUUGUUCUCCCCUCUCAUGGUGACUAACUCAGGCCUUGACCGCCUAUCAGACAAGAUUGGUUCCCUCAUUUGUGUUGUGAAACUUACUCUGCGAUGCCGGGCACUUUUCAGAAGAGGGCCAACGGUGCAGGUAUUGUGACACUCGAAGCACCUGCCAUUCUUCUCUCUGGUCAUUCAGGCACAAGUAGCCCUUUUUUUGCUCCUCCGACCUUACACACUGUAAAAUGCUAAAGUCGCCAUGCAUCCAAAUCCGACGCCAGCAGAUUUGACUGAUCGUUAAGGCUCAUAACGAAACGUGUAAACCACAUUACCUGCAGUAUUUGUACUUGUGUAUCUUUGCUGUCUGAAGUGUGUCAUGUUUUUUGUCACUAAUAGUUUUAGGCAAGUCUGAACGUGUGCGUCAGAAAAUGAUAUCGAUCCAGACCUCACUAUUCCUCAUCGCUUUAAGUUUGCAUGCACAAUCCUCAUUCUGUUGACCAUCACCCGUCAACCUGUAGUCUCCCGAUCGGAAAGCCCUCAGGACCUGCCACUGAAAAUUUCCUGCGUUGUUUAGGAGUGAUCACCUCCCUGACUGGAGGUUUGUGGGACACCAGAGAGCCCUGUUCACGUUGAGAAAUCAGCCUGCUGUGUGGCUCUUUACAGCAGCGUGGAUAAGGAGAUGGGAAUCAGGUCAAGGCACAUUUGCUUAAUGGUCCGCAAUAAAAGAGCCCUCUUUAUUUUAACGCUAGGACCAACCGACAUGAAAUCGCUUGCUCUUUGCUGCACUGACAAGGACUUUUAGCAGAGAGCGUACCUUCACUUUAGCUGUUGCUUUUGAAUGCUGGGUGUAGUGUAAUAGUGAGAGAAAGGAGAUGACUAAAAUGUUUAGAUACACUAAUAGCCUUAUUUUGGAGGAAUGUUAACUGCUACUAAGAAGUGGUGCAAAGUUUAAAAUCACACACAUUCAGAAAUUCCUUCAAAAAAAGAAACGAAUGCAGGAACUAGACAGUAACUGCAUCCUGAUCUAUCAAGCGUAGCACCCUAAAGCAACUGUCACUGUAAUUAGCAUCCUACAGUCUAUAUUUUGAGAAGUUUAGUUGAAAGUGUCUGCUAAGUUAACAACCACAGUGUCAUGUUAUUAUAUCAGCGAUUUUAUGGAAUGUGUUUGUGCAAUAUAAUUAAUUUAGGGCUAUCAGUGAUUACAAUCAUCUCUUUUGAAGAGCACAAAACUAAUGCACAAGAUCUGGACUAGAAUAGCGGAACCCAAAUUAGAAAUAGGUCCAUGCUUUUGACCUUCAGCUGGGUAUUUCUCGGUGAGAAGCAGCUCUUCUGUUAGACCAAAUUCUAGAGUGCAGGGCUGAUUUGGAAAAGCCAUAAAAUGCGGUUGAAAAGGGAAGGAGUGGAUCUGACACCUUGGUCUCCUUGGUUUUCUGUAGUUUUCAGUUAUCUUUAUGGGUUUUGUUUUAUUAUUCAUCAAAGUGUAAGUGUUAAUAGACUUGGAAAAGUAAAAUGAUCUUAUGACAAUCUUUUAUUUUUUUUUGUAUUUCAGUAUUAUAGUAUUUACACUAGUCGUUGAAAUGUUUUGGCCUUUGAUCCCUAAGGCCCUUAAUGCCGUAAACCAAACUUUUAACAGUUUGUCGUAUGUCCUUCAUGAAAACACACAUUUAAACCUCAAACUCAGAAAGGAAAAAUAAAUUAUGGUUUACAUAAAGAAUAUUUUUAGGACCAUUAAGAUUUGGAGUUCUGACAUUUAAUUAAAUCUCCCAUCCAAAAUUCUCAUUACUGUGAUAUGUUCAGACAUUUCUUUUUCUUUUUGUAAUUCCUGUUGUUCUCAGCAAUGAUUCAGUAGUCAUAUUCUCAUUACUGUAAUACAGUAUU